AUGGCCUUUGAAAAAUUCUCCGAUGAAUUCAAAUUGUUUGAUUCAAUCGAUGCAAAAAUGAAGAAUGACCCACGUUGCGUUGAGGAUUAUGAGUCUAUAAUCGAAAACCUGAACCAAGUUUUUCAAAGGACAUUUAAUGAUGAAAAACAUAGGAAAUCGAUGGCUGACUCUCAGUUUUUAUGGGAACGAUUAAGAGACACGUUGGAGGCAACUCUGUUACCGACAACCUUGAAUGCAGUUAGCUCAAUACCAUAUACAAGAACAAUGAGAGGCAUUAUCUUACUGAUGAGAAACCUUGCUGCUGAAAAUCAGAAAAUUCCACAGAAGCUUUUACUACAAAAUCUAGUAAUACGUGGUUUUCUGCAUGCUGAUAGUGAGUAUGUCGUUGACACUCCACUAAUAAAACAUCUUUACAUUGCGUGCUUGACAUGCCUUUACAACAUGCAACAAAAUUACUCUACAGUAGAUAUGACUACUUUCUUAGGUCUAUUGAAAUUUUUCCAAUAUCCCUAUCGUAUCAAGUUCGAGGAGGGUGAAGAAGAGGAGCAAUUUUGGUUGCCAUAUCUAUUUCUUUUCAAAGCAUAUCUCUGCAAUGAUGAGUUUUCCAACGAAUUUUUUAGGGACAAUGACACACCUGAGAGUGACUAUUAUUCUCUAAGAGAUAUUAUCUUUCUCGAUAUAGUUACAGCUAAAUUCAUUCGAGAUCAAGAAGAAUCCUUUGUAAUUGAAAAGGGCAGAAGCUAUCUGGAUGAUUCAAAAUUAAAAAUUACAUCUGUUGACCUAUCUGUUUUAGACUGUAUUAGCAAAAGCCUCACCACUGCUUCUUUUAGUAAAUAUCUUUAUGGAUUAGAAAAUAGACAACCAGGAAAAUUCACCAAACUGUUACAAAUACUGCAGCUUAUUGUAACGAGUAAAGAAGAUUGGAAUAAAUACGAGUUAACUACAAUUAUGUCAUGGUGUUAUCCCAUUUUGCAACGCCUUGCAUCUGACGAUAUUCCUGCGUUUUUCAAAAGAAGUGCUAACAAUUACACUCCUUCAGUUGCUAUCCAACUACAUUCAACUUUGCUAUCCUGUUUAGAUGUAAUUUCUGACCUGUGUAAAUUUGACCAUGUUAGAAAAUUUUUGAUAUCGUAUGAUUCUGUGAGAGUAUUAGUAUCGUUAUUAGAUACUUUCCAGAAAAAUUUAUUGAGGAUUAAUUUCUUAAAGGGGGAUAGUGAAACGAUGAGUGACAUUAAGAUCACAGAUUAUCAAGGUAAUAAAAUCGAGGAUCGAGUAUUGAUCUUUAACCGUGUCAACGCCAACUCAUCUUUCAUUAGGGCAGAUAACUUCCCUAAUUGUAAAUUAGUCAUAAUUGAAAUAUUGGCGUCGCUGGUAUACGCACAUCCUGAAAUUCAAGAUCAAAUAACAGAAUUGGGUGGUCUUGGGUUAAUUCUCUCCAAUUGUGUUAUUGACGAUAACGAUCCGUUCAUUAAAGAAAGAGCCAUUGUUUGUCUCAAGUUUUUAUUGAAGAACAAUGCCAAGAAUCAGGAAUAUGUCAAAAAAAUGGAAGCACAAGACGUUGUUCAGGAUGAUGCGUUGAGUAAAGCAGGUUAUGAAAUAUCGGUGGAAAAGGGCGGCAAAGUUAGAUUAGUAUCCAAAAAAGAAGUCCUUGAGAACGAAAGUUCACAGAUUAUUAGUGUAGAUGAAGAUUAA